GGCAACCCCAGCCCACUCCAAAUCUUGAGAGAGGAUCAACCAAGCUGUUCCUAAAGACACACAUAAGCUGGAAGAAUCAGGAACUUAACACAGAAAAUAAGCCAACUAAAGCGACGUUCUGCCAAAAAAGAAGAAAAAAAAGCCCAGAGACACGAAUAGGAGACAUGGCGUCCAACGAUAAUCAAGGUCUCCCUUCCAGAGACAGCACAUCGCCAGCGCGGAUUCCAGACAUCUCGGGCCAAGGACCCGAGGAACGGAGUGAAGAACAGAGCAGUCGCACGGAAAGUCAAGACGACUUGCCAGAAACACCCGCAUCUCCUCAGGUCAGGCCAAACACGGCCACGACACAACCCUCGAGGCGACCCGUCGGAGGACCGAUCCAUCAACUCCGAUCACUGGCCGAACGGUUCCCCGGACGGCCGCCGUGGGACUUCGCCGGCUACCCAGCAAGCCAGCGACCCGGGGGCCAACCGUACCCGCGGGAACCGUCCUUCGCGCCCCCGACGACGAUCAUCGGCGCGCCGCUUGGCCGCAACCUCAGCGCCAUCGAGGCGGCCGACGCCCUGGUCCGGCAGUGGGAGACGAUCCGCGAGGAGCAUUCGGGCCAGUCCGAACCGGAGGCCCUGGCGGAGAUUGACGCCCGGCUCGCGCAGGCCAGGGCGGACAGGGCGGAACUCGACACCGUAGGUAACACGUCCGAUGUGAAUGAUUCCCUGGACGACACGGAGCUGUUCCGACGAAAAGCCGUCUCGGACCGGCUCGACGUCCUCCAAAAGGCGCUCGAAGAGUCCCAGUGCGAGGACGAGAAAAUGAACAUCACGGCCGCCAUACAUUGCUACCGCGACGGGACCAUCACCUCCUCGAGCUACUUCGCCCUCUUCUUCGCGGGACACUUCGUCGACUUGGCGCCCUCCUAUGCUUCCUUUACCCACGACCGCGACGAACGCCUGGAGCGGUACGCGGAGAAGCACGGGCCCGGAUGGCUGUGGUUCGAGCCCCCCCUGGCACGAGACGCGGCCGAGUUGGCCGCGGGGGCAGUAGAUGCUCGGAGGAGCACGUGGUCGCAGGGCGUAGGGGGCAGGUUCGACAUGAGCCACUACCACGUCACCAUGGGAUUCAAGAGAGUGCGAAACAUGGGAUACCGCGGGGGGGAGGUAAGCAACAACAACAACGACCACCCGACAACGGCAACGGCAACGGCAACGGGACCGAGAAAGAGAAAGGCAGACGACCACGGCACCAGUACGAGGGGACCAACAUCCUCGCACGCCAGCACGAACGCGCCACGGCUCGGGAUCCAGCCCGUCACAGCGACAUCGGCAGCCGACGCGGAUCCCAAAGCGCCGCGGCAUUAUUUCCGCAUGAUGCUGGAUUCGGGCGCCACGCUCCCCAUGCUCUACCAGGAGGACUUCAAGCUCCUCGGGAUCGACGAGAAGAAGUACCCCGCCGUGACCAAGCUAUCGUUCGUCCCGGCGGACGGGGUGUCGUUCGAAUCGGCCGUGUACGAGCUGCACGUCAGCGUCUGCGACACGCGUACGGCGCAGCCUCUGGUCGACCCGGAGAGGCCCGUGUGGCCGGACGCGAGCCCACACCUCGGGGGGAUCAUGCCGGUUGGGAUCGUCAAGCCGCCGCGUACCAGCCCUGCGGCACAGGGGUACAUGGGGCUUUCGAUGGACGACAAGAUCAUCAGGAUGGCCAACGCGGCCGAAGGGCGCAGCGCUCACCGUUUGUCCGGGGUCCUGCCGUUCAAGACGUGCUAUAUGCAGUUCACCCCGGGGAUGAACACGGUGUGGCUCGGGGAAGAUAGACGGGACGUUCUCGGGGCCCACCGUAUGCCGGGCCAGAUGCGGUGGGAGGCCGGGUCGGCCACGCCGUUCGACCCGGGACAUCCAAGAGCGGAGUGGAAUAAACUGGCCAUGUAUACGGACGGAAACCCGAGGACACUCAAGAUGGAACACGACGUGCACGACGGGACCGGGAGGAAGGUGAUGAGCAUGGUGGACGUCGAAGAAGAGGGUUGGCAUGGGCGGAGCGAGGUGUCGGUUCGCUAUGGCCAUGGCGAGGGUUCAUGGACAUACCGUAUUGAGCCCGGACUGCAGACGGGGGUAGAGGGGCUGCCCGAAGGCAAGAAACGGAAGCUGUUUGGGCAUAGUAACGGGAGAAAGAAUGGGCAGCCAAAGACGUCGUCGUCGUCGUCGUCGUCGUCGUCGUCGUCGUCGUCCAAGGGGUGGUGGGGAUGACUAUGGACGAGUCAGUGAGAGGAGAGAGAGAUGUCUCCCGUGUACUCGGUAGCGUGGGCAUCCAGGCUUCAUAAAAGAACGUGAGUACAUCUCGGCCAGCUUCUCGGUUCGGGUGGCCUCAAGACCAAGGAGUACCUUAUCUAGUAUCUAGACUCGAAUAGAC